ACUCACAAGGCAACAAACAUACAAACGCCAUCUCGCCCAAUCUAGCUCACUCCGAAAGAUCAAACGCCCCACCCAGAAAACCAUUAGAAUAACACCGGCAAAAAUCUCUCUCCGUCUCCCUUCACACCAGGAGGAGGAUAACGGGCCCCCGGAAGGCUGCAAACCCUAGCGCCGGGUCCAAGCAACGACGUGCGCCAGGCGGCCAGGCCCGCGCGCGCGCACGCACGCAACUGCAUUCCGCGAUUCCUUUCCCUUCACGCGGCGGCAACCCCUGCGCAUUGCGCCGCGCGUGGCAGUGGUGCCAGGGAUCCAUGGCGCUGGCGGCACGACGGGGCUCCUGGUGGUAGGACUCCUCCGCGGGUGCCGGAUCUGGGGGCCGCGGCAUGGCGCUGUUCCGCAAGUUCUUCUACCGCAAGCCGCCCGACGGGCUCCUCGAGAUCACCGAGCGCGUCUACGUGUUUGAUUCUUGCUUCACAACUGAUGUCUUCGAUGAUGAGAAGUACCGAGAUUAUAUUACUGACAUUGUUACGCAACUUCGGAGCCACUUCGCUGAUGCUUCAUUUAUGGUCUUCAACUUUCGGGAUGGAGAAAGUCAAAGUUUACUGGCAAAUAUCUUAUCAAGCUAUGAUAUGGUAGUUAUGGACUACCCCAGACAAUACGAGGGAUGCCCACUCCUUACAAUAGAAAUGAUUCAUCAUUACUUAAGGUCGGGGGAGAGUUGGCUCUCUUUGGGCCAGCAAAAUGUCUUAAUAAUGCACUGUGAGCGUGGUGGCUGGGCUGUACUUGCAUUCAUGUUAGCAGGAUUGCUGUUGUACAGAAAACAGUUCAUUGGUGAGCAGAGGACACUGGAGAUGAUUUACAGGCAAGCACCUCGUGAGCUGGUUCAGUUGCUCUCACCAUUAAAUCCUGUGCCUUCUCAGAUAAGAUACUUACAUUAUAUAUCUCGGAGGAAUGUGAGCACAGAGUGGCCACCUCAGGAUCGGGCCCUUACUUUAGAUUGUGUGAUACUAAGAAACAUUCCAGGCUAUAAUGCAGAAGGUGGAUGUAGACCUAUAUUCCGUAUUUAUGGACAGGAUCCUUUACUUGCUACAAGUAACACCCCUAAGGUGCUCUUUGCAACACCAAAAAGAAGCAAAUACAUUCGGCUUUACAAGAAGGCAGACUGUGAACUGAUUAAGAUUGACAUCCACUGCCAUAUUCAAGGUGAUGUUGUCCUUGAAUGCAUUAGCCUUGAUGCUGAUCAAGAACAAGAAGAGAUGAUGUUCCGAGUCAUGUUCAAUACAGCCUUUAUUAGAUCUAACAUUCUAAUGUUAAACCGUGACGAAAUUGAUAUGAUGUGGGAUGCCAAAGAUCGAUUCCCAAAGGAAUUCAGGGCUGAGGUUCUUUUUUCGGAAAUGGACACCGCAAAUCAGUUAGGUCCCAUGGAGGUGGCAGGUAUAGGAGAAAAGGAGGGCUUACCAGUUGAAGCAUUUGCAAAGGUUCAAGAGAUGUUCAGCAAUGUUGAUUGGCUAGAUCCGACAGGGGAUGCUGCAAUCCAACUUUUCCAGCGACUUACUUCAUCAGAAAAUAUACAGUUGAGGCAAGGAUUCUUGUCUCCUAGUAAGAAAGAAGCAGAGUCGUUAGAGCUUGGUCCAAUCUCUCCAACCAACAAACAUUCUGACAAUCUUCAACAGGAACCAAGCAACGUUUUACAACCCACAGUCUAUGUGAACAAACAGGAAAAUGUUGGUGGUCAGAGAUUGACACUGUUGGAGCCGUCCACCAAUUCUGAAGUCAAAACUGGAAUUUCUGUUGUCCAAGAAAAUCUAGGCUCUCUAGUUCACAAGGUUGACAGUAAUACUGAACAGUCAACUGCAUCGGAAAAGGCUGUUUCGUCGACCGUGAAAUCUAUCGAACCGGUUCUUAAGGAUGAAAAUGCUAAGCUUGAUGAGCAACAUGCUUCAGACCAACGCUCUUCGCCUACUACAACUAUGUCACGUCGAUUUCCAAUUUCUAGUUCGUGCUCUGCUCUUUCUGGCAACUCCAGUCCUAGAUUACUUUCAGGUUGCCCAAGAUUUCAUAGCGCACCUUCAGCCCUUGGAAUUACGGCUCUGUUGGAAGACCAUGCUAGAUGCUCUGAUGAUUGUCGUUCCACCGUAACCUCGACCACAGUAUCAAAUGUCUCAACCGGCGUAGUCAAAAUUACAUCAAAACUACCAUCAGGACAACAUCCAGCAACAGGUACUCCCGUUAUAACAAAGGGUAUGCCACCACCACCCCCUCCACCAUCACGACCAGCUCUGCUGGUAUCAGAUGCUAUUAUGAUGUCAGAAGCAAAAGACUUGUCUCAACCUGCUGUCAAGCAUUCAGGCCUUCCAUCUCAUCCGGAGAGACAAUCUACAUUUCAGUCACAUGGAACUAGUACUCUGCCCACAAAUCAUCAGAAAUCCUCAACUAGCGCAGCAAUUGAAUCGCUGCUAACUUCUGCUCCACCAUCACCACCACCACCACCACCACCACCACCACCACUGCCCAUAUCAUCAUCAACGUCCAGUUCUUCUAGUAUUGACCAUCUGCCUCCAGAUUCUGUGCCUGUCUCUCCAACUUCAUUCAGACCUCCAGUGCCAGCUGCACUGCAACCACCACCACCCCCGCCUCCAGCCUCACCUAGGCCUUCUCCUGUUAGGUCUCAUGCACCACCAUCGACGCCACCACCUCCACCAUCUGUUUCUAGUUCGUCUCCUCUUAAACUGACUGGGCCACCUUCAUCCCCACCUCCCCCACCCUCACCUAGGUGCUCUCCCAGUAGACCUCCUGCACCGCCGCCACCUCCACUACUUGCUUCUACUUCAUCUACCAUUAGACCUGCAGUACCACCUCCACCUCUAUUUGCUUCUACUUCAUCUCCUGUUAGGCCCGUGGCACCACCCCCACCACCUGCCCCAACAUCAUCACCCAUUAGAGCUUCAGCGCCACCUCCACCUCCACCACCUAGAACAACUUCCGGUCCCCCUCCACCACCUGGAACAACUUCCGGUCCCCCUCCACCCCCACCACCAUGCUAUUCAUCGAAACAAUCAUCCAGCCCCAUGGGCAACUCAAUGCCAUCACCUCCUGUUCCACCACCACCCUCCCAUGGAGGUGGCAAUGGAGCUUCUGGCAACAUUGUACCCCCACCUGUGCCUCCCGGUGGUAAUGCUAAACUGUUUGGUUCUCAGGGGCGCGGACCUGCACCUCCUUCAGGUCCAAUGUCAAAGAGCUUUCAGUCUGGUCAGGCUGUAUUCAGAAGGUCCAAUUUGAAGCCACUUCAUUGGGUGAAAGUAACAAGAGCAAUGCAUGGCAGUCUGUGGGCAGAGUCACAAAAGCAUGAUGAAACUUUAAAAGCCCCAGUGUUUGACAUGUCAGAAUUGGAAAAUCUUUUCUCAGCUGUACAGCCAAGUUCAGACUCAAGGCGUUCAGAUAAGUCAGGUGGUCGUGCAUCUGGGACGAAAUCAGAGAAAAUUCAUCUUAUUGAUCUUCGCCGGGCUAACAAUUGUGGAAUCAUGCUUACCAAAGUCAAAAUGCCACUGCCUGACCUAAUGAGUGCAAUUCUGGCCCUGGAUGAUACUGUCCUGGAUGCUGACCAGGUGGACAAUCUUAUUAAGUUCGCUCCAACUAAAGAAGAAGUAGAACUUCUAAAGGGUUACAAAGGAGAUAAGCAAGUACUUGGAGAAUGCGAACAGUUCUUCAUGGAGCUUAUGAAAGUACCACGUGUAGAAUCUAAGCUGAGAGUUUUCUCGUUUAAGAUUCAAUUUCGUUCUCAGGUUUCUGACCUUAAGCGAAAUCUGAACAUCGUUAAUUCUUCUGCAGAAGAGAUAAGGGGUUCAGUCAAGUUGAAAAGGAUUAUGCAGACAAUUCUUUCUCUGGGAAAUGCAUUGAACCAAGGCACUGCCAGAGGUUCUGCUGUUGGGUUCAGGUUGGAUAGCUUGCUCAAACUAAGCGACACUCGUGCUCGUAACAAUAAGAUGACUUUAAUGCACUAUUUAUCUAAGGUGCUUUCUGAGAAACUUCCGGAACUUCUAGAUUUUCCAAAAGACCUGGCUAGCUUAGAGUUGGCGGCAAAGAUACAGUUAAAGUCGUUAGCAGAGGAAAUGCAGGCUGUAAAUAAAGGACUCGAGAAAGUUGAGCAAGAACUUACUACAUCGGAAAAUGAUGGUCCUGUGUCAGAGAUCUUUUGCAAGACACUGAAGGAUUUUCUCAUUGGCGCAGAAGCUGAAGUUAGGUCUUUGACUUCACUUUAUUCUAAUGUGGGCAGAAAUGCUGAUGCAUUAGCACUUUAUUUUGGAGAAGACCCAGCGCGAUGUCCAUUUGAGCAAGUAGUCACAACACUCCAGAACUUUGUGAGAUUGUUCACACGCUCCCAUGAAGAGAACUGUAAGCAACUGGAUCUUGAAAAGAAGAAAGCUCUGAAGGAAGCAGAAGAGAAUAGUAAGCAACUGGACCUGGAAAAGAAGAAAGCUCAAAAGGAAGCAGAAACAGACAAAACGAAGAAUAAAUCUGAUAAUGUGGAAGGUUGUAAGAAAGAAUCAGAAAAUGAUAAAGCUUCUAUAAAGGAAUCAGCAGAUGAGAAAGCUAAGCUAAACAAUUCGAUCAAAGAGCUAGAUAUAUCACUUCAGUCACCUGCACAAACUGCCAGUGCCAAAUGAAUACAGCACCGGAUGAACUAAGAGCAGUAGCAACGGGGGAGGAAAACUGGUUGUGCUUGCUCUCAAUAGUGCUCUCUCUCAGUUAAUGUGGAUCUGGCAUUGAAGUAAAACUAGCCGCAACAAGGAAGCCACUAACUGCACUGUUAAUACUUUCUCAGGGGAUUGUUGAAGAAACUACCCUGGCGACAAGAUGUACAGAUCUGACAUAAUAAUAGUCUCUCUUUUGGGUAAUAGAUUAUCCUUACAAUUUUGUUAAUCUUAUUGAUUACAUGUAGCUAAUGUCUGGCAUCAUGUAAAAAAAUAUCAAUAGAAUGACUGCUGAUGUAUGUCUAGGUAAUUAGUUUUUUUUUUGUAGCUGUUGUUGUAAAAAUAAAGUUCCGUUUGUACGGGAUUUUGUUGUAAAAAUAAAGUUCCGUUUGUACGGGAUUUUGUUCCUUUAGUCUGUUUUUGGUUGGGCAAGUAGGCCCAACUGUUCGCCCCA